GAAGAGGGAGGAGGAGGGGGAGCAGGAGGAGGAGGUGGCGGUGAUGGUGGAGGAACGAGAAGGUGGGGCGGAAGUGGUCGAGGAGGAAGAAAUGGUAAUGGAAGAUGAGAGUAUGGGGAAAGGAGAGGAAGAGACUGGCGUCAUUUCUGCAGAUACUGCAAGUGCUAUGCCAGAGGAUGCUGAGGGUGUGGGCGCUGGCUUUUCUACUGUAGUUUCUGAACACAUCAAAUCUGAAGAAAAUGGAAUUCCAGAAAUUUUGUUAAGCGAGACAUGUAAGGGAAUUCAAUUAGAUAAGGAAAUCACUAAGGAAUCGCCAGUGCAUGUGAAUAAUAACUGCUUGGAAACUCAAGAAAGUCAUCACUUACUUGGUUCUGAUAAUUCUGGAUCCCUGCAACUUCAGAAAAAUGAUUCAUCUGUUGAAGAUGGUGUAAUAAAUGAAUCUAAGAUAGUAAAAAAUAAUGUUUCAGAAAAAGGAGAGUCACAUCUCCAUGAAAAAACCAAUUCACAGGUUUUAGAGGACUUGAUCUUCACAUGUGGCCAUAGUCCACGGCGGAGGCCUAGAAGCUCGUCUCCAGGUUCUGAACCUGACAGAACGAACAAAAGACUUGCAGGUAUUUGUGUAUUUUAUGCUAGAGGCUGGUGCAUCAAGGGGAAUUCAUGCAAAUUUCUUCACCAAAAAGAUGGAGUAAAUAAAAUUGAGCAGCAGACCAUAGAAGAUACAGCUGGAAGUAACAGGUCAGCAGAUUCUCUGGCCACUACAGGUUCAGAUGAAAUAAAUGAAAGAUCAAAAGUAUCUUCUGAACUCUUAGAAUCCAAUCCUAAGGGUUCUUCGGGAUGUAAUUCUCUUUUAAACAGAGCACUUGUUAGGACAUAUGGUACAGGAAGCCAUGUCACAUCUCCUGGCCACACUUCCACACAGGAAGAAUACAAGAAACCUAUUGGUAAAAUGGGCCAUUUUGAAUCCAAUGUUGAGAGGCAGUCUGAUGAUGCUUUCUUAUCCAGAAGACACCUGACUGAAGGUAAAGCACUUAAUGAAAUCAGCAUGAAUGACUCUCCAUAUGAAAGAACAAUUUCUGGAAGAACUCAUCCAGCAGAUGCAUUUGUUUCUGAUCCUAAACACUACCCAGGUAGUUCCUCUAUAUCAUCCAUUCUGCAGCAUAAUAACAAUAGUCCACCUGCAUAUGGAAGAACGGAAGGCAAUGCUAUUAGAAGCACACAGAGCCAUUUCCUAAAGCAAGAAUCUUACGAUUCACAUGGUUUUGCGGGUUCUCUAAGUUCAGGUCUGGGUAGUUCUUUUCAACUUCCACAAAUGGAUUACAUGCUUUCUCGGGCAGGACCAUCACCUGCUUCUGGCUCCACUCGAAAUACUGAGUAUGUUGAGGGCCAUAGUUUUUUAGAUCUUCAUAGAAGAUACCAUAGCUCUGGGUCUAUCUCCCUUACCAGAGAUUCUUCCCCUUACCUCUCACAGCCUGAAUUAAGAAAUAAGAUACAUCACAAUAUUUCUGGUGAUCUGACAUUGAGGCAAACAACUAAAAUCCAAUAUGAUGCUUGGGAGCCAUCCCAACCUUUUCGAUCUUCUUUGGCUAUUGCGACUAAAAGUACAUCUUCUCCUAGUCAAUAUGACCCGAUUCUUGAUAGCAUUGAGCCUGCAACUGCCAAUGAUAGAGAUUAUUUCCAGACUUCUCAAAUAACUCCCUUUCAAAAUUCAUCAUUUCUGCCAACAAAAACUGAAAAUGCUAUUUCUUGGGAUGGAAUGCCGUCUAGGAAUGUAUCUUUGCAUGAUUCUAGUGCUCAAGAUGAAUUUUUUACAUCUAUCAAAUUAGAGGGGAGAAACAAUUCUCUUCUUAACAAUGAAAAAACAUGGAAUUCUGAUCGUUUGGUUGAAAGGUCAGAUAACAAAGAUGCAGAGCUUGGCGCCGAAUGGAAAGCUAUUGACAAGGGCAGGAAUAUCAAGGAAUCUAAAGCAUUGAAAAUUUUUCAUACUGCUUUAGUUGAUUUCGUGAAGGAAUUGUUAAAGCCAUGGUGGAGAGAAGGACAGUUAAGUAAAGAUGCCCACAAAACAGUAGUUAAGAAAUCAGUUGAAAAGGUUCUGAGUGCAUUACAUUCCCAUCAAAUCCCUAGUACGCAAGAAGCAAUAAACCAGUAUCUGGCAUCAUCUAGACAAAAAAUUUUGAAACUUGUUGAUGGCUAUGCACAAAAGCAUGCCAAUUCGUGAGAGUCUGAUGAACUCAAUGAAUUAAAACAUAGCGCGGAGUACCUACAUGUUUCUAAUUUUGUAAAGUAGCUGGUGUGGCUAAGAGAAACAUCUUACCUGGGUAUGCUAAAACGUUCUCUUUGCAUUUUAGUUUCCUUUUAAUGUAUGCUGCAAAGUUUGUCGAAAGCUAUUCAUUUCCAUAGUUGUUCUGUGACCCCCCAGGUGAUAAGAUAAUAUAAUGUGAUUGUGAUUAAGUUUUUUAAUGACAA